CUGCCUUCCACAUAAGCAGGUUUCCCAUAAGCGUCGCUUCAGACUUCGCCCGGUGACCGAUGGAUCUCCGUCUCUUCACGUGAACACCAGUGAAACUCCAGAGUAAGGUGGGCCAUGGGUCCGGCGUGGGAACAUCGACGACGAUCGUAACUGAAGUGUUCGGCGGAGCCAGGGCACGAUGAGCGCAGGGUACAAAGACUGACACGUGAUCUACCUGGUGCUUGAAAGAAGUACUGAAGAAAAAGGUAUUCGAUCAACCACCCGUCAACACGUGCCAUCACAGCGAGGUCUCCCAGGGAGGUCACCUUCUUGCACACGGUUGUAACGCGCAAUAAGAGACGAUGACGACCGUUACGACAAAUAAAUCAGAGCUGGAGCUUCACAAACUCCUUGAACGAGCAGUCCUUCUCUCCUACUACGACAAAUUCAUCGAGAUAGGCGGGGACAAUGUUCAGCAGCUUCGUGACUCCGUGGGGAACGAUUUCCAGGAAGUGAUUGACCUUGUUGAUAUGGCCAGAAAGCCAUAUCACGUCAAGAGACUAAGGAAAGCACUGAGCCAGUGGACAGGACCGUCAGUUGCGGUAGCGUCCAGUGCGGCCGACGAAUCAGAAGGAGAACUUCACGAAUUACUUCGACGAGCGGAUCUUCUCUCAUACCACGACAAGUUCAUCGGACUGGGCGCAGACAAUGUGCAGAGGCUGUGUGACUCAACCGACGAAGAGUUCCAGACACUCGCCGAGCACGUAGGCAUGGCCAGAAAGCCCCUUCACGUGAAAAGAUUGAAGAACGCACUCAAACAGUGGUCAGGCCAUGCAGCCGUAAUGACGUCCAUUCCUUCAAACGAGUCGGAGCGUGAAGUUCACGAACUGCUUCAGCGAGCGGAUCUCCUCACCUACUACGACAAGUUCAUCGAGACAGGCGUAGACAAUGUCCAGCAGCUUUUUGACUCGACGGCAGAAGAGUUCCAGGAGUUCAUGGAUCUUGUUGGCAUGUCCGGAUUUCCUUUUCAACUGAUGAGGUUCCAGAAUGAACUGGAACAGUGGACAGGACACCCAGUUGCAAUGACGUCCGUUCCGGCAACAAAACCGAGACUCUCGGAGAUUCACCACCUCCUUGAACCAGCGGGUCUCCUCUCCUACUGCGAGAAAUUCGAGGAAAUAGGUGAGUACAAACGAUUAGCACAGCUUUCACAGCACACAACACACAGAGCGCUUGUUGGUCUGUGCAGGCUAUGGUAAGUGCAUACUGAAAACUCUGUCUUUCCGUUCGAGCCAAAACGCACUCUGUCGCCUCAUGCCAUGGAACAACCGCAUGAGUCAGUCAGAAGGGAAAUACGCGAAUCGUUAUGGGUAAUGAUGAUGAGUCCUUUCACUGAGUACAUAUUCCCAAAUAUGAGUCUUGGUAUUUUUCGAGUAACGGAUACUCCCAGAACAUCAGGAACUUUAUUUUAAGAUGAUGAAUGGGGAGUUCCAUCGCCACGUCACAUACUCUACCUGGUGGAGAUGUGGGAAAUGAAAUAAUGAUCCCCUUUAGUAUAAGGAUCGAAGUCAUACGGUGUCCAGAAAGGUGCAGAGAGCUUGGAGGGCAGAGCAUUGGUGGGCUGCGGAUGUGGCCAGGGACCAAGCAGUUUUCUGCGGAGAGGGGAGGAUGGGCGAGAGUCCAGCUGACUAAGGUUGCCAGCGUGGACAAAGAGGAAGAAUGUGAUCACAGCGGCAACGUCUGGAAGAGUGAACUUGUACACACUUUUACUGAAUUGAGGCUUAUUCGUGGAAGAAGCUAAGACACCAUGCAUUAUCUUACGACGCAAUGUUAAUCAUUUGAUGUCACCUAAUUUAUAAAUAGUCCUAACGUGCGAAAAAGAAUAUUUAAUGUAACGUUUCAACGAGAACAUUACAUUAAUUCGGAAAUGCUCGUAUACGAGCCCAUGGGAUUUCACGCUUACGGUUUUAGUCUUGGUGUGACGGGCGACUACAUUUGCUAAUUUGUUUAAUCUAGACCACGCUCGACAUCGCGGCCCUUAGAGGCUUAGUAAACACCACUAUGCGCAACGAACGCUCUUGAGCAACUCGAUGCGGAUCGGAUUCAACCCGCAUCGAAAAUGCCGCGCGAAUUAGCGAAUGUUUCUGUGAAGAGUUUGCUUUUGUUGCAGUGACAUUCCUCCCACACAUGAACACCGUCUCAUGGUCAGCAGCACUGCCUGCGACAAUGCCACUGCUCACACACUGGGUCUCGAUAUUGGUUACAAUGGGGUCCAUCGGUGACCAGGGACGGAUUUAAAGGUCUGUCAUGGGAGGGGGGGGGGGCGGUCUUAAGGAAAUUUCGUGCUUUGCGGCGCAGCAUCGUCCAGGAUAUAGGGUUUUUACAAAGGGAACACGACCGCAUGAGGUCCCCCCCGUUACAUCCGCCCCUGUCGGUGACCCUGAAUGAAAAUGAUUGUGUACGGUUUGUUGCGUGAUCACCUGUUCGAAGUCAUCGAUCGGGGUCAUCGGGCUGAGUCUUGGGAAAACCCAGGGAAAACCUCAGACAGCACAGCCGGUGACAGGAUUCGAACCCGUGUCACCUCCUAGUCUCGGCGUGGAAAGCGAUCAUGACUAACGAUCAUGACUGGUGACUGAUGAUCAUAUGACUAGUACACUCAAGGGGGGAAAAAGGAGUGGGACGGAGAUCAAUAGCGGCUCCUUAUAGUCCCUUAGACUGCUAUUCCCUCCCCAUUUUGGUCCCCUAACCCCGAGGUUUAUUCCUUAGAACUGCAAAUUGUUACUGACCUUCGUAAAAUGACCUUCAGAAUUCAACAGUCUACGUAAAUGUGUGCUGUUGGUCAGUUUGGUGGUAUAAGACUCUAUAGUUGAACCAACUUAGCGAUAUUCCACCCAGAGAGAGUAAGGAACUGUUAGCGCAUCUUUCUUCUCAAAUUGUACCCUAUGUAUGCCGAAAGAUUUUAGAUCACUCCAUUUUUUCUGUAACAUGUACGAAGGUGGGUAUAACAACCUCCUGCGACGCAUUCGUAUUAACUGUGUUCAUAAAGCCUCAGACGAUUUUAACCCCAGUGCUGAAAUUUCCCUUAGGAACGGACAAUGUGCAGCAGCUUCGCGGCUUGACUGACGAAAAGUUCCACGAGGUCAUCAACCGGGUAGACAUGGCCAGGAAGCCGUUUCAUGUAAAGAAACUCAAGAAGGUACUCGAAGAAUGGACAGGGCCCACAGGAAUAUCACGCUUCAUCUCCAAGGACAUGGCUUCGACAUCUGAAUUCGAUCUCAACAUGGAAAGGUCGCCACAGUGGGAAGACGUCAGGAAGGAAAUGCACGAAGCCAUUGCGGCGAAAGACGAGGCUCGUGUUCUAAAGUGCCUGGAUUCCGUGCCUGCAUUGAAACUGUGGUUGGACCCUGUGGAAGAUAAGUCAGCUCGUUACAGAGCUGUUCAAAAGAAAGCCAUCCAUAUACAUGGCCUCUUAGUCUCGCGUGGAUGUGGACUCAAGAACAAGAAAGAAUCAUCGUGUUACAAAGGUCUCACACCCCUUGAAAAAGCUGAAAUACGACGGCAACGACAUUACACCACAGAAUGCGAUGGCUCUUACAUCGACUAUUUGAAAAGCAAAUCAAGGCACGUCGGAUGUGAUGACUUCGAGGAGCGAUUGGAGAAGAUGUUCAGGGAACUUUCAACCGACCAAUUAAACGAGAAAAUAUUGAAAGUUGUUGCCACAGCACCGCAUCUGGAUAUACUAUUCGACUACAACAGUGAAAACGUUCAGGGGAUCACGGGUUGCAGCGGCAGCCGCGACCUCGGACUUGCUACCUGCGAAGAGCAAAGAAUUUUUAUCGGAGGUAUAGGAACGGAAGCCGAAGUCCGGGGCACGUUUAUUCACGAAUCUUGUCAUAUGGCACUUCAUCUGGUGUAUAAAAAUGAUGGCAAGCCAUAUUUACGCGAAGACACAGAAGUGGAACUGCGAUACAGAGCCAUUCUGGAUGACAUAAAACGAAGAAAAAACGAUGUGGAUCUCUUGAUACGGCUAGCUUUGAACACAAGUGAAGAACAAGAAGCGAUUGUUCGUAUCCCACACAUACUAACUCAAUAUGGCAGCGAUCAUGGAAAUAGGGUUCUCGAAAAGGAGGUACCAGAACUACGAAAGUUUUUCGAGGAUAGUGUCAUACCGGACAUGCAGAAAUACAUUCACAAUGGAAUACCGUCGAAAGAUGCGACAAUGAUAGAAAAGGAAAACGCGAGACUCAACAAAGCUUUGAACAUUGGCAAACUGAAAGUCAAUUUCGAUAACCAACCGAAGAACAGUGUCUGGGAAAACGGGUUGCUUCACGUAGUUACGGGCCCAGAACUGAGGCUUCUCGAAAUAAUGGUUCACAACGCUGUGCAAUCUACGGGACUGCCGUACAUGUUUUUCGAUGCAAAACAGCUGGACUCCGCACUGGAGGAUGUGUUACUAGACUACAAAUAUGCUUUUGCGCUUGUAACGGUCCAACAAAACGAAGGCGUCCGAAAGAUGAUUAAGCUUUUCAGUGAAGUGUCCUGUGUCACUGGAUCAAAAGUCAUCUUGCUUGUGGAAGACAGUGGCAAAGACUACGUGAUGAAACAAGUGCAAGAAGAUGUAUUCUUUGGCGAGAGGCACAAACUUCAUAGGAUCGACGAAGCAAGCUUUGAGCACGUCACAUAUAGCUGCAAAAAAUGAGUGUUCGAAAGUUCCCGCCUAAAACUUCAGGGCCAAAACGUGGUGUUGUCUUGGCUCAACCGCAAGUACACGAAAAUGAAAAUGACCAGCAUGUUAUUGUUAUUGAGGUUUGAAGCAAUGUCGCCCAUAAAAUUACUUUCUCGAAUUGCGUAGUGAACGAUGUCGCUUCGUUAGCGUUACACUGGUAUGCCGGCAAACCAAAGUGUCAAUGUAGCCAGCUUUCAACCAAUGGUUAUAUUUUAAUAUUCCGAAAUCUCGUGGUGUGUAAGGGAAAAACCAGAAUAGGGUCGCCAAAACUUUAACUCGCGGUCCCGCGAAGUAUUCUGGCAACAACUAUUUCUGACUUUUUCGAUCGAUAUGUUCUCAGUGAUGGGUAGUUCUGUAGGACUACUCGAGACCGAGCGAGAUCCUACUAUCUCACCACCGCGUGCCAUUCAUGGCAGUGUUUCAGUAUGUACAAAGAUAAAUAUUAGGAAAAAGCCGAAAGAAAAAUAAUGCAUUGUACCGUGAUGCCUUCCCGUUGUCGUGCUGCCAUUCAAACCAAUUAAAACUAGAUCGGAGUGGCAGUUACUAUAGCUACUGAGCAUUCGUAUUCUUCAUUGGCUCACCACAGGCUUGCAACAUUGAACCAAUAUUGGCAGUUUCAUUGGCGUAUUACGGGACCGAGUUGCACUGCCUAUAUUGGACCAACGUAACUUAUAUUGGCUGCCAAUGUUGGAUCGAUAUGGGACAAAUGAUGGUGUGUUGUUUGUAGAGUUAUAUUUACAGUUACCAAAUUAAAUCUUCGAAGGCAUGUUGUGCUUGCACCACAUCACGUAAAACUGCUUUCAUACCGUGCAUUCGUGCUGCCCAAACUCGAAUACGCAUCGGCCAUAUGGGAUCCCCAUCAAGAGUAGUUAAUUCAAGCAUUAGAGUCAGUUCAAAAUGUGCUUCAUUACAUCUAACUAUUCCAGAGACGCGAGUGUUUCACGUAUAAAGAAAAACCUUGACGUUGAUCUUCUCUCGUCAAGACGGUUGAUAGCCAGGCUGUGUCUCUUCCAUAAAAUGUAUAACACAAACACUCGCGAUCGUCUCCUAGUCCCUGCUAACUACUACAUUUCAUCUCUUCUGGACUGUAUCCAUAUGAUUAAGCUUUUCCAUUGUAAUAUCACUUCCUUUCUAAAAUAAUUCUCUCGUAAAACUACUAGUGAUUGGAAUCUUCAGCCUGAACAUGUUUGUCGUACACACGACACUGCUGGUUUUAAGGCCGCUCCUCCAAUGCAGGGCUUCAGAUUCAUCAUGCUCUUCCCAUGGUGCACCUGGUCUUCUUUCCUUGUCAGUUCGAUAUUUCUUAUUUACUUUUUGUAAUACUUUUGUUGUGUGUUUCUAUUCUACUUUUUCCUACGUGCUACUCACCACUCCGUUAUGUAAUACGCUCUUGAGGUCUUUAAAGUACUUAAAUAAAUAAAUAAGUAAAGUCA